UUACAAUGUACUGUACAUUCCUCCUGCAUUGCACGAGUUUGCACCAUUUUGGAAGUUGGGCCAGCAUUCUGGCAGUGGCAGCCAUGGUGGCCGCCACCUGUGCGAGGCUGCAGCCAGCUAUUCUGCGCGGCUUUGAAAGUACAAAGCUCUCUCCUGUGAAUGGUGGCCCCGGCCAGCGGCAGGCACUCGCUGUGCCCCGCAGGUCAAGGAACUCGUGGUCCAGACUGCAUUCCAGAUGCAUCCGUGCAGCCAAGGCUGUUGUAGAACCUGGGCCAACGGCUGACUGCAGUGACCAACAAAGAUGGACUUCCAACCGCUUCGGCCCCUCACGCAGGGAGCUUCUGGUCGCCACCACGGGAGGGCUGAUUGGACUUCAAACAAAUGUUGCUGAAGCCCAACCAAAGUCGCUGUAUGGAUUCACCGUCAAGUACAAGGAGGAGGACCUUUCGUUGGGGAAAUACAAGAACAUGGUACGAAGAACAACGAGCUUUUCAGAGAUUCGUUUCGGUCGUUCUCAACAUAGCAUCUGCGUGACCCCUGCAAAACGUGAACUAUCCGGGUCUUCGCUACUUGUUCAACAAGUACAAAGAUCAGGGGUUCGCGCUUCUUGCUUUCCCAUGCAAUCAGUUCGGAGGCCAGGCUCCAGGCAGCAGCGACGAAGAACGGGAUUACGCAUACUACAAUUCCCCGUCUUCGACAAGAUCGACGUAAAGGGUCCUGCGAUGUCACCUGUGUACGACUUCCUCAAGUCGAAGCAGCCGGGCGAGAUUGAAUGGAACUACGUCAAGUUCUUGGUGGACCGCAACGGCGUCCCGGUGCGGCGGUACAAGCCCGGCUUCGAUCCCGUGAAUUUCGAAGAAGAUCUGGUGGCGACGCUGGCGGGAAGGCCCCUCCCUCCAAAGCAGCGAGUGUACCUUGGCGCGCCAUAAGCCGGUACAUGGACGCAUGUUGAAGCAUCGGUCGGCCUUCUGUGCUAUCUCCAAAGGCUCUGUUCAGUCUGCAUUCCCAUGACGGCGGCACUCAGCAACCCGGCAGGGAGGAGUACCACUCGACAAAGAUGAGACAGGCCAAGCACUGCCUUAGUUGCGGACGACGCAUAGCAUUUGGAGAGAAGCAGAGGUUGGUCGUCUGUUUGGGUGCGACACAACAGCGUGCAUUUGCGUUGGCCUGCGUUUCAUAUUACAUCAUCAAUUGAUUGCAUUUUGUUCCAAGAACAUGCUCCAAUUUUCGAUUGGCAGCAAGACUGAGAGCCCUAAUUGUUUAGUGGGGCAGCAGUGUGACUCAGUUUUUGGUUGUAACGCGAUUGAAUAUCCAUACUGACAACUUUGGGAGCGGAUCGCAUAUGCUGAACAUUCUAGGGACCCCGCUGCCUACCUUAGUUCCGUCAAAAUCUGCAUUGACAGUGACAUGUGUGAAUCUGGAGAGUCGCAGCUUAAAAUUGUCAGGAAGCGACGG